CUGCACGAGGUGGUGGUGGUGGUAAGAGGUGCGUCAUGUUGUGAUGCUGAAGGUUGUAGCAACUGUCAGCGGUACAGGUGUGAUGCGGUCUGUGACUGUUACCUUGUGGGUGGUGCUGCACGCAGCAGGGGCGCUGUACACAUCAGGUGAUGGUGAUGGGGGUGGUGGUGGUGAUGGUGGUGGCGCCUGGCAGAGUGUCGCUCAGGCCACCCUCACCAGCGGCCGCCCACUCGGUUUCAGGUUCUCACGAGCACCACACUUGGUGGUGGCGGCAGAGACCUGGCCACCCCACAUCUACUUGCACUCAGCCACCGACGGGUCAGUUAAGGUGACGGGUCCCAUGGCUCUGCUGCUGGACGCUCUGGCUUCCUCCCUCAACUUCACGUACAGCGUGGUACAGGGAGACGGGUACUGGGGAGCACCUCAGAAGAAUGGGUCGUGGAAUGGCAUGAUUGGUACAGUGAUGAGGGAGGAGGCGGAUCUCGGACUGGGACCUUUCGGCAUGUCGUACAGCAGGAGUCAGGUGGUAGACUUUACCAUCCCUGUGUUCCUGGAGAUGCUUCACGUCCUGGUGACCCGCCCCUUACCGCAGCCAGACCCCUGGGGCUUCCUUGCGCCCUUCACGUGGUACGUGUGGGUGGGUCUUCUGGCGGCGCUGCUGGGGAUGGUGCUCACUGCUGUCAUCUUCGUCAACCUUCUGGGCUUCGGAGGACCCAAGUCUACGUGGCGAUAUGUGUGGGCGUUCUACAGCAUUUCCUUCACGCAGAAUGUCACUUGGCUACCAACCACCGCCUCACUCCGGUUUAUCUUCUGCAUGUGGCUCUUCAUAGUACUGAUCGUCGUCCGAAGCUACAGUGGGGCCCUGACGUCACUGCUGGCGGUAAAGACGGUAACGAUGAAGUAUGACUCCCUGAGGGACGUUCUGGAUGAUCCUGGCCUCACGCUUCUAAUGGAGGGGUCCACCGCCCUCACCGCCCACUUAGAGACAGUUACGGGAGGCGUGUACGGGGAGCUGGCGCGGGAGAGUCGUUCCCGGGCUAAGUACGUCCGAGCCAGCGAGACUUACGGGGCCGCCUACAGUCUCAUCCCGGACGGCCGCCACGCCAUGCUUGUAGAGAACGUCGUCUGCAGGAAGAUAUACUCCGACCACUUCAGUCUCACAGGUCGGUGUGACUUCUACAUGUCGACUGGUAACUUCUGGCGUCUGAUCUACGCAAUGGUGGUGCAGCGAAACAGCCCCCUACGCCAGCUACUGAAUGCAAGGAUCCUGGCACUACGAGAGUUCGGGAUCUACGACCGAUGGGCGACGAACCAAAUGCCUAACAUGACCCAUUGUCUCAAGACACCCAAGAAGAUCAAGCUCCAGGAACCUUACUCCUUAGUUGACCUCUGGGCGGUGUUCCUCCUGCUGGGUGGUGGCGCCUUCCUCUCUACUGUUUCCUUCGGCUUCGAGUUGUUGCUGCCUCCCUCUCACUAAUGAAGAAACCCUAUAUAUCACCUUUAUUUGUGAAAACCCUAAGUCUUCAACCUCACCAAUCUAGUAACCCUUUUUCUCCACCCAAACACCUUUUCACAGUUCUUAAUACCUAGGGAUCUUCAAGACAAUGCUGAAUAAUAUUUGUUGCUUUCCCGAGCGGCAGCUUACAUAUUUAUCGGGUCCACACCUCCCUCAAACAUUCAACUACAAAGUGUUCUUAUCUGAUGAUAAUGGUCAUUAAAAAAAACUGAAUGAAUAAAGUAAAACUGACACCCAUUAAAAAAGAAGCUGCGUAUAGUAUUUUGCUCCAUCUUUGAAAUAUAUAAAAGUUAAUCUAAUUUGUUUUUUGUAAGCUUAUUUUCUAACACACAGUAGGUAAUAUUAUGUUAUAACACUCCAAUUUUUAUCUUGUAGCUGAAAAAAAAUAUAGGCUUACCUUUUGAACAUGGCAGUUGUAAUGUUGAUAUUACUCCAUUCUUACAAGUCAGACUUUCGGUAGUUCAAGUUGUGUAUAUUUCAAGUUUUCCUCAAACGCACUGACCUCAAAAAGCAAGCUGCAUAUAUGGGCUUGGAAAUUCAACGAUGCAGUGUACUGACAGACGAAAAAGGACAUUUAAUUUUAUUACUUAAGUAGCGAUAAGCUUUUGGGCUUUAAACUACUGUAUUGCCAAGCUUACGAUAUUUUACCCUGGACAAGAUACCUUUUUCUCUUGUCGUGCGAUUUGUACGAUAAUAAUUUAGGUAAAAAUCUAAGAGCACGGUUAUUGCAUACCCAAAUUACCAGUAUCAUUAUGGCUGUCUUAGUCUGCCUCCUAAAGUACUAAAAUUUUCAAUGAGUGUCUUAUUUUUCCUACCAACAUUACCGAUAGCUCAUUAAUGCGGAAGUUGAUGACCAAUGGAGAAUAUUGCCACUGUAUCAGGAUAAAUUAAUUGAUGGUGAAACUGAGCCACGAUAGUUUCUGGGCUGCAGUGUCACAAAAAGU